GGGACCUGGUCACUGUGCUGGGCCUCGGUUGCGCCCCCGCGGGCCGUGAAACCAGCAGUCACUAAGCAACGCAUUUUCUCUUCUUUCUCCGAUUACUGUAAUUUUUUAAAAAUUUUUUUAGCCGAACUUAAAGUCCUAAACGACUUGGUCACCGUAUUUUUUUUUUCUGGUUCAUCUCUUUCUCUUCUCCUCCUCAUCUCAUCUCUCUCGUUACUUGUUGUCUUCCUGAAUUUACCUUACCUUUUUCAAUAGAAAGUUAUAGAUAAUAAUUAUUCUUAAAUUUUCCAAAUAUUUCCCUCCAUUCCUUUCUCAAGAAAAUUAAAAUUCAAGGAUUCCAAUUUCUUUUCCCUUGAAUUUUCCAUAAACCCAAAGAGGACAAACCUAAGAUCGUUUUCAAAAUGUCUAAAGCUUCAUCUACAAUUUCAUCUGACAGUGACAGUACAAAUCUAUCUCGCACUUUCAAAUACUUAUUGGCUACACAGUUCUUGUCGAGAGGAAUCCCAUUCAUAUUCAAUUCCUGGAUAGUGAGGCACCUCACUGCGGAGGACUAUGCGGUUUAUGCAGUUCAGUUCCAUCUGUUUGUGACAUGUGUAUUGUUUCUUAGUCGCGAGGGGUUCCGGCGAGCCUGCAUGCGAGCAGAUAUUAAAUUUGAGGGUGCUUCAACAAAAGACAAUGCUACAACAUUGUUGAAAGUAGCCUGGAUGACUUUCCCACUUGGAGUGGUUAUCACAACUGUGGCUUGUGUCUUUGUCUUCUGGUGGCAAGGAUUACAUCUUUCUGACCCAUAUGCUCAAGCUAUUUUAAUUAAUGGUUGUGCUUGUAUAUUAGAGCUCUGGGCGGAACCUCUGUAUAUCCUUUCUCAGACAUUGUUUCUACUCAAACUGCGCUUAAUGGUUGAAACUGCAGCUACGUUCUCACGCUGCUUAACAAUUUACAUUCUAAUUGUGAACCUCACUAACAUGGAGAAGGGAAUUGUCUUUGCAUUGUCUCAAGCAGCAUAUGGAGCCUGCUUGUUUCUGGGCUAUUGGAGUUAUUUUCUUCUUUUUCGUGCAUUUAGAUUCACCGAUCUUUUCCCUUUCAGACUAGGACAUAUGAUGAAUUUUGAUAAGCAGCUCUCAAACAUGUGUAUGUUGUUUACCCUUCAAUCCUUUCGAAAGUUGAUUCUUCAAGAAGGAGAAAAGAUGGUACUUGUGUGGUUGGAUACACCAUAUAACCAAGCUGUGUAUGGACUCGUAGACAAACUAGGGAGCUUGGUGGUCAGGCUGGUGCUUCUUCCUUUUGAAGAAAGUUCAUAUGCUACUUUUGCGAGGUCUGAAACAGGACAGUCUCCACAUAAAAGCAAGAACUUAGGAAGAUGUCUUACCGAGGCCCUGAAGUUUGUUUUACUGAUUGGUCUCAUAUUUUUGGCAUUUGGUCCAAGUUACUCCUAUUCUCUCAUCAGACUCUUGUAUGGUCAGAAAUGGAGUGAUGGAGAAGCUUCAACUGCCCUUCGUUAUUAUUGUCUCUAUAUCAUUGUUUUGGCUUUGAAUGGGACUUCUGAAGCAUUUCUUCAUGCAGUUGCAACUGAGAACCAACUCAAACGCUCAAAUGAUUCAUUGCUUGUAUUUUCAUUGAUAUAUGUAGCAUUGAAUGUCCUGUUGAUACGGUCUGCUGGUGCUGUUGGUUUGAUUUUUGCAAAUUCUUUGAAUAUGAUUUUGAGGAUUAUUUACUCUGCAAUUUUCAUCAAACAUUUUUUCCAGGAGUCUCCUUCAUUUUCCUUUUACAGCUGUUUGCCUUCAGGUUGGACAAUUCUGUUGUUAUCCGGUGUAGCUACUCUUGUUUCUGAAAAAUUAUUUCUGGACCGUGAAAAGUUUUGGCCAUCCUUUUUUAUUCAUUUUUCCAUCGGGUUCACUUUGUUCUGCAUCUCAGCCUUUGUCAUUUAUCGGCGCGAGAGGCCUUUUAUCAACAAAGUUAUCCGUUUCCGCGACCACUUGGACUGAAAUUGAGCACUGCCUUAAAUGCCUUAUGAAAUUGAAAGGUGGGAUUGUUUCUCUUAAGCUUACUUAUCAUAUUCCCCUAAUUUAUCAUUUACUAAAUGAGUCGUGAUGGGGAUAAGGUAGAGGUUUUAAAUUCAUUCAAUUGAAGAAUGCAAGGGAAAUCCUCUGUAGCAUUAUGGAAUAGAUUUGUUUGAAGAGAAAUCGUACCAUAUACUGAUAGAUGAGAUCUUCAAGAGAAUUUUGUAGUUCUGAAUGUCCUUUAAGGAUAGCUGUGUCCUUUUGGGAAAGUUGAUGAUAUAUAUAUCUGUAGCAGUAACAGUUUCUUUGGGGCCCGGAUAUUGUAGACUUGGCUUUUGACACGUUGUCGUUUUGGUCGAUUGGUCUCUUACUCCUGAAAUGGCCAAAACUUUUAAGCCCAUUAUUUUUCCUGACAUUUCCUGUUCAUAUCAUUGCAUGUCCCGAACAGCGAUGGACAUCGAUAAAGCAGCAAGGACGAAGACUGUAAAACACAUGUGAAGAAAAGAAAAAAAUGAUUGGUUAGAAAUUUCUGCAGAUUCCAGGGUGGUCACCCUCUUUUACUGCAGUUUUCUCUACCCUCUUCUAGGGAAUCACCGAAGCUUUUAUAAAAAAUAAGAUUCAUUUCUGUUAAUAAGUCUAUUAAUUGUUAUGGCUUACACAUCAAUAACCAUUUUUCUACCCUUAUACAUCAAAUGAUACAAAAUAUACAGCUAAAAUAUAUGAUUAUGAUACUAAUGGGAAAAGGUGAUAAACGUUUGAACAAAGCCAAUGCCCCAGUGCCCUAAGCAAAAGUAACUUUGAUAUGAUAAUUCACUAGUUUGUUCUGAUGUCUUGAUUCAAAUGCUUCUACAAUGCAUGUGUCAUAUUUUACAUAAUUUUUUUGUUUUUAAAAGACGAAUUCUCUUUACUUGUCAUGAUAUUCAAACUCUAGGAAAUUAAGACAAAUGAAAAACAAAUCAAGAAGCUGUUGAGUGACUGGUAAGGAAUAGGGCCACAAAGAAGAAAGUGGUGAUUCAUAGGACACCCACGGGUGCAUUUCAUCGGCUGUCCUCCAAUCUCACUCUUUAGAGACCAACUAUAGGAGCACCUUGUAAAUUGCAAUUAUAAGCUUUGAAAGCUUGAGCCAAAACAAACAAAAGAAUGUAAGAAAAAGUGAGAGCAAAUGCAAACUGAUGAUUAAGAAGUAGACUGGAUUUUAGAGUAUAGACAAGUAU